AUGGAUGUGAAGAGUAGAAAUUAUUUACUUAUGAAUCGCCAAGCAUUGGAAAAAGACAUCAAGACCUCUUAUAUUAUGGAUCGUAUGAUUUCUGAUGAAGUACUGACAUUACAGGAGGAGGAGAAAGUGAAACAACAGAAUACACAGAAGGAGCGAGCAGCUAUGCUAAUAAACAUUAUUCUUACAAAAGAUAAUAAUUCGUAUAGAUCCUUUUAUAAUGCACUACUUCAUGAAGGGUACAGAGAUCUUGCUGCGCUUCUUCAGGACGGCAUCCCUGCCAUCUCCUCCAGUAAUGGAAAGAGUUCAAUGGAUGGAAUGACUUCCUACGUUAAGACAAUUCUCUGCGAAGGAGGUGUACCACAGAGACCGGUUGUGUUUGUCACUCGGCCAAAACUGGUAGAUGCUAUUAAACAGAAACUGUGCUGCUUGGGAAGUGAUCCAGGCUGGGUCACAGUUUAUGGAAUGGCAGGCUGUGGGAAGACUGUUUUAACAGCAGAAGCUUUAAGGGAUCAUCAGCUCUUGGAAGAUUACUUUCCAGGAGGAGUUCACUGGAUCUCUGUUGGAAAACAGGACAAAGCAGGGCUCCUAAUAAAACUUCAGAAUCUCUGUAGUAGAUUAGAAAAUGACUCUACUCUUUCACAAAGGCCACCACUUAACAUUGAGGAGGCUAAAGAUCGUCUUCGUUUGCUGAUGCUACGCAAAUAUCCCAGAUCUCUUUUGAUCCUGGAUGACAUUUGGGAUUCCUGGGUAUUAAAAGCAUUUGAUAAUCAAUGUCAGGUCCUUAUCACCAGCAGGGACAGGAGUGUAACAGAUGCUGUGGCUGGCAAUAAAUAUGAGGUUCAUGUGGAAAGUGGACUAGCGCAUGAGAAAGGACUGGAGAUUUUAUCCCUAUUUGUGAAUAUGAAAGUAUCAGAACUGCCAGAACAAGCUAACUGCCUUGUAAGGGAAUGCAAAGGUUCUCCUCUUGUGAUAUCCUUGAUAGGUGCAUUAUUACGAGACUUCCCUAGUCGUUGGGAAUACUAUCUCAAACAGCUGCAGAAUAAGCAGUUUAAAAGAAUAAGAAAAUCUUCUUCUUAUGAUUAUGAAGCCCUUGAUGAAGCAAUGUCCAUAAGCGUUGAGCAACUGAAUGACAAUUAUAAAGACUACUAUAAAGACCUCUCUAUCCUCCCAAAAGAUGUUAAAGUACCUACUAAGGUUCUCUGUAUUCUUUGGGAUAUGGAAACUGAAGAAGUUGAAGAUAUACUACAGGAAUUUGUUAACAAAUCGCUAUUGUUCUGUGAUCGUAAUGGGAAGUCAUUCCAUUAUUAUUUACAUGAUCUUCAACUUGACUUUCUUACAGAGAAGAAUCGCAACCAGCUUCAGGAGCUACAUAAAAACAUAGUAAAUCAGUACAAGAAGUAUUACAAACUUAGUACGCCAGUUCCAUCUCAAGAGGAUUGCAUGUACUGGUAUAACUUUCUAGCGUAUCACAUGGCUGGUGCCAACAUGCAGAAGGAACUCCAUGAUCUUAUGUUUUCUCUAGAUUGGAUUAAAGCUAAAACAGAAUUGGUAGGGCCUGCUCAUCUGAUUCAUGAAUAUGUAGAAUAUAGUUCAAUCCUGGAUCAAAAGAAUAGCACAGUACGUGAGAACUUCCAGGAAUUUCUGUCUUUAAAUGGGCACCUUCUUGGACGGCAACCAUUUCCUGACAUUAUACAGCUGGGUCUUUGCCAACCAGAGACUUCAGAGGUGUAUCAGCAAGCCAAGCUACACGCUCAAAGAGAAACAGGAGCAUUUUAUUUGGAAUGGAUAAAUAAAAAAUCCUUGAAAAACCUCUACCGUCUGGUUGUUCGUCCACAUAGAGAUGCAGUUUACCAUGCCUGCUUUUCUAAGGAUAGACAAAGAAUAGCAUCAUGUGGAGCUGAUAAAACACUUCAGGUGUUUAAAGCAGAAAGUGGAGGGAGACUCCUGGAGAUAAGUGCCCAUGAUGAUGAAAUACUUUGUUGCGCUUUCUCUGCAGAUGGUGAAUUUGUAGCAACUUGUUCAGCUGAUAAAAAAGUGAAGGUCUGGAAUUCAAGAACAGGCCAGUGUAGGUGUGUAUAUGAAGAACACUCAGAGCAGGUCAAUUGCUGCCAGUUCAAUAACAGAAGUGGUCAGUAUCUUUUAGCCACCUGCUCAAAUGACACUUUCAUCAAACUUUGGGAUUUGAACAAAAAGUAUUGUAGAAAUACGAUGAUGGGUCAUGUAAAUUCCGUCAAUCACUGUAGAUUUUCACCAAAUGAUGAAUAUGUUGCUAGCUGCUCAACAGAUGGAACAGUAAAGCUUUGGGAAGUGCGCUCAGCAAAUGAACUAAAAAGUAUUGAGAUAAAAGAUUUCUUCAAAAAUGCAGAUGAGCAACCAGAUGAUGUGGAGGUUUUAGUAAAAUGUUGCUCUUGGUCCAGAAAUGGUGACAUGAUUUUGGUGGUAGCCAAAAAUAAGCUUUUGCUUUUUGAUGUUAAAACAUGUGCUUUGUUAACGCAAGUCGUCGUAAGUCAUCACAGUACAAUCCAAUACUGUGACUUUUGUCCUGGUGAUGAGUUAGUAGCAGUUGCUUUGUCUCACUGUUCUGUUGAGUUAUGGAAUAUUAAAUCUUUAUCAAAAGUAGCGUAUUGCAGGGGACACAUGAGCUGGGUUCACUGUGUGACGUUUUCGCCAGAUGGAUCUUUAUUUCUGACAUCAUCUGAUGACCAGACAAUACGU